GCAGCUGCACAAGCAAAUAAAGCAACGUUGGAUCGAAUAGCAACAUUGCUAGCACAAUUAGGACCCCCAAUGGAAACUCAAAAAAAAGAAUUCUUUAAUGUUAGCGUUCAAUCAUUUGCACCGAAUAAUCAUUUAUUCCUCGAAUUUAUGAAAAAGAAUGCGAAUAAAAGUACAGAAUCGAUUAUCAACAAGAAUAUAUUUUAUGAAGGUGGACUGUCUCUGCAACGACGCCCUGUGUUUUAUUAUAUUGCUAGACGUCUUGAUGCUGAAGCUACAGACAUUGAUUUGCUGAUGUAUCAUGUGCUUCACACCAUCGAAUCACACAUGAUCAGGCCAUUUGAUGUUUUAAUAGACCUAACCAAGUUUGGUCCAUCUAAUGAAAUCCAAGCUCAAUGGGUUCAACAAUUUGUACAAGUAUUUCCACUUGAUGCCAUCGAAAAUCUAUCGGCUAUAUAUUUAUAUAAUCCCAACAGUGCAUUCAAAAAGUUUGCGAAAAAGUUGGCAAAACCAUUAACUCCUAAUCUCGUAAAAAAAGUACAUUUUUGUUGCUCAUUAAAUGAACUUUCACAAUAUAUCGCUCAUAAUGAAAUGAGACUACCAAGAACAACAACUCAACUUGACACGGAUUCUAGUGUUACCUAUUCGAAUGUUAAUAGGGUAUCUCAUUACAGAUCACAAGUUCCUGUAACUAUGAAGAUUAGCAAUGAACAUGUUCAAGUUUUGACGCUACGGCGUCAAGAACUAUUUAAUGGGCUAAGUUCAACUCUUAAUGACGUUUAUCAAAUUUCAGAAAUCGAAGACGUGAAUAAUUCAUCACGUAAAAAUAAUGAAGGCGAGUUUAUUAUUAAGCAGGACCGUGGUAGACCAUCAAUUGCGUUCACUAGUCCGGGAAAAGAUCUUAUCAUGCAGGCUAUUAGAACUUCAAAGGCAAGAUACCAAAUUGUUAAACCAACUGCGGUUACCGAAAGUGUGCUUAGACCAAAUGGAAGUGAUGAUCCAAAUUUGAGACUGGCAGCAUACGAUCUGUUGGUGGCUUUAAGCCUCAACUUCAAUUUUGAUGUUGGUAACCAAUUGCUCAGUGCUAAAGGAUUAUGCAUACCGGCAAAUAAUACUACAUUUGUUCAACAAUUAAGCGAAAGGCUUGCGGUAACAGAAACACAUCUAACUUUGGAAUUUCUUACGGAAGUAUUCGUUGGGUUUAGUAAAUCAAAUCCAUCUCAAAAACAUUUGUGCCUUCAAUAUAUGGCACCUUGGCUUUUGAAUUUAGCAUUUUAUGGUAAAAAUGGAUCUGAGACCCAGAAUAGUGUUGCCGAUACGAAAAUGAUCUUGCACAAAUUAAUUGAUUUAACUGUUCGAGAAACAGAGAUGUACACUGCAGUUCAAUCUAAUAUAUGGCACACGUUGAAAGGAGUUGAUGAAAUUACAAAUUUAAUAAUUGAUACAUUUGUAGAAUAUGCUGUUAAAGUUGGUAUUGGAACAACUCAGGCAGAAAUAGUCGCGAACACCAUGGUUACUUUAUCAUCAGUGAAUGUUCGUGGCAAAAUUAUUGCACGACUAAGAAAU